GCGGAGCAAUAUGAGAGAGAAUGGUUUAUCUGCGCUUAUAGCUAGAAAAGCGUGAAAGAAAUAACCUGCCUACCUUAUUUUAAGCGAUCUCCACAGAGACUAACGUUCACAAGAUGUAUCGUUGCCAGAUGAUUGAUCUAUUUUUUAAACAACCGUUUUAAUCCGACUCUAUUAAAGGGGGUUGCCAUCUCCCGCAUUUGUUUACAAAUAUUUGUUUGUUUGUUUGUUUUUUUUGCUAAAACCUCGCGAUGGAGUAUCUUCUGCAGGUAAAAGUGGGUGCGCUCAUAGGCUUGUUGUGUCUUACUUUGUUUUUUGGAUUCAUCCCCGCUUCGAUGAAGUGGUUUCGAGAAAGCAGUGGAACAGAAACCCAUCGAAUAGUCCUGAGUUUAAUCAGCUGUUUUGCUGGAGGAGUGUUUCUGGCCGCCUGUCUCUUGGACAUUAUCCCAGAUUACCUGUCUGACAUAAGUGUGGAACAGGAUAUAAGGAAGAUGGAUAGCGACUUCCCACUGGCAGAGUUUAUCAUGGCGUGCGGCUUCUUUGCCGUCCUGAUCAUCGAGAGGCUAGUCCUCAGCUGCACUCACUGGCACGGUGAGGAGAGUUCCCCUCUACUUCCCCCUGUGGGACAUGGCCAUGCCCACGGGCCUCACUCCAUGAACAGCUUGGAGAGCAGCGGCCACCACGUGCAUGUGGACCUGCAGGCGCACUCCUCCUUCCGCUCUUUCAUGCUCUUCCUGUCUCUUUCUCUGCAUUCGGUGUUCGAGGGCCUGGCCAUCGGUUUGCAGUCUACAGACGCCAAGGUGUUAGAGAUCUGCACUGCCAUCCUGGUCCACAAGAGCAUCAUUGUGUUCAGCCUGUCAGUGAAGCUGGUGCAGAGUGGUGUGCGGCCUGCGUGGCUCGCCAUCUACAUCAUCAUCUUUGCCACCAUGUCACCCAUCGGCAUUGCCGUGGGCAUCGGUGUGAGCGAGGCUCAGCUGCAGGCCGGGAGACUCGUGCAGGCAGUGCUGGAGGGGCUGGCAGCUGGAACGUUCAUCUACAUCACCUUUUUGGAGAUCCUCCCUCAUGAGCUCAACUCUCCAGAGAGGCAGCUCCUCAAAGUCCUCUUCAUCCUACUGGGCUUUUCCGUUAUGGCCAGCUUAUGUUUUCUAGGCUGAGGGACUCCCUGCCUGUUGGGCAGGCAAGUACUGGACCACAGGUAUUUGAAAGAAACUCACGGAGCUUAUUUCAAAGCAUUCCACUUACUGCAUGUGGAUUCUAUGGAAGGUGAUAAACUCUUUAAAUGCAAUAACGUUUUUUAAAACCAACUGACAGGAUAAAGAUGUUUUUAAAAACAAGCUUUUUCUUAAUCAAAACAUGAUGUUUGGGACUUGAUUUAAAUAUUUGGAAUAUUUUGAACAAUUAAGUGCCAUAAAACAGUGCAAUAUAUUUUGUUUGUUUUUUUUUUUAAAUCAAAAACAUUUGUUUGUUUGUCUAAGAAGCCAAAUAGUUUGUGCUUAUGUUGUCUUAUGAGUCUUUAAAUCCAUGAAAACGUUUUAGUAUUUAAUAGGUAAUAUUCUACUGAAGACUCAAAUAUUGAACCUAUUAUGCCAUUUUUGGUACUAGAGGAAUGACUUGAAUUUCUUGCAACAGAUAAACCUGUAUGAGGUACUGUUGUACACACUAUGUUGAUAAUUCUAACUGAUAAGAUUUUGACUUGCAGUCAUAGCAGUUUUGUGCAUUUCACUCAUGGUGAAAUUUAAACAUGCUGUGAUGUGGGGGGAACAAACUUUAAUUGUUAUAUUGUGCAGGCCCUGUUAAUUCUAACCCUAGUGAUCUUACUAAAUCUGUGGGGUGCCUUCCAAGUAUUGCUUGCAUAAAGCUAUGCAUGCUAUAUAUUCAAGCCGUUUUAAUCAAGACACCAUUUAGAAGUGAUUAAGUUUUAUAGCCUACACGUUCAAUAAAUAUGAAAUUGAAUCUAUUUAGAAAAUGUUCUGCAUUUCAAAUGCCGAGGAGGAAGUUGGGUUAAGUUUGUUAGAGCCACACAGAAAAACACUGUGCGGCGAUAUCACUUAUUGUGCCAGUAGGCUAGGUGGUUAACUCUCCAGGGUGUGGUUUUGUUUUUUUUUGUUUUGUUUUUUCCUUUCAGAACUAAAAUUUUCAUCUCAUGACUUAUGCUGAAUAUUUAAAUGUGUUUAUGCAGAUGAUUUGAUUUUUAUGUCUAGUUCCUAAAACCUGCAGAAAAAAAAUGCCUCAAACCUAAAAGAAAAUAUGCUUUCGGGACAUAAGAUUUGCCAAAACUAGAUAAUUUAAAAAGUGCAAAAAAUGCACCACUAAAGCCCGAAGCCAUGUACACAAGGGGUGGAGCUAUGUGCUGUGCUGUGUUCAUCAGUGUGGUGUUAAAACACUUUAAUUCAGGACUCAUUAUCUGUUUUUUGUUCACAUGCCUAAUCUCACAAGUUUAUCAUUGUGGUGGUCAGAGUCCGGGAGUUACCUCAGCCGUUCACAUGACACAACCUUUCACUAAACUCUGCUUUGAUAAUGCAGUGUCAGAGAUGCUUAACGCAUAGUUAAGUGAAUGAUGAUUACAAUGGAUAGUACAUUAAAUCAGAAUUUUCUCAUUAUUUUAAAUGAGCAAUUAUUAUACAUUAGUUUGUGCAUAUGUUUACUGCAGAUAAUGUGGGUGUGAAUAAGAUGUUAGUACUUUUAAACCCAACGUCUAUAACAGGAACUGCAUGAUAUCAAAUUGAGAAGUUGCAAAGAUCAUUAUCAGAUUGAGUUGGUGUUAGCAAGCAGUUAGUAGUUUUAUAGUGGGCCUAGAGAGAGGAAAAUGUUUCUCUGGUGAGCCUGCUCAUGAUUGGCGGAUGAAUUGUUCUCUUAAGAACAGCUCAACGGACUUACUGGUGGUCUCUCAUCUCAGCUUCUUAACCGAGCAAAGAAGGUUGUUUACAAUCAGCACAAGGUAAAUGCAGGUUAAGGCAAGCUGACGGGAUCAAAGUGCAAAAAGUAUUUGUUGAGCAUUUUUGGUUUGGAAUUGAAGUCUAUGUCUAUGGCCUAAGAUUCACAGAUGAUGUGGGGUUUUUUUUGUUUUGUUUUUUUUGUUUUUUUCCCUCAGUUUCUAUCCUUUUUAUACUUGAAGUGAUCGAUUGGAGAUCCAAAGGCAUGCGGUUUAGUAUUUUCCUUGUUACAGAUCAUUGGUUGAAUCACAGCAAUGGCAAAAAAAAAAAAGUAAUGCAUCCUAUAGUGGGGCCUUAUGGAACUGAGUUCUGCUGCAUUAAAUAAUCACACUCAUCAAACCCUAUACUGAACAAUGUGAGAGUAUGUCUCCCGUAUGUGAAGAGUACAUCACAAUGCAUCGCAAAAGCAUUUCCGAUUCCUCAAAAAAGGUUAAGGGUGUUUUCAUAUCCUAAUGAAAUGCCUACUAUUCCUGAGCUGAGAUUAGAUUAGCUCUUCUUCUCUGAGACAAACUUCUUACAGCACUACAGCUAGUGCCAAUGGGUGCACGAGGAGAAUGGUGUCUAAUGAGCGACUAUCAAGAGUGGUAUCAGUAUUUCGUUUUACACAAUUUAUUUUGAACAUGCUGCUACCAGAAACUUCAUAAAAGUCAAAUCUAACUACACCUGAUAAUGGAAACACAAUAUGCAUCAACAAACAUGUAAGACUUCUGUGUGCAUUCAACCCUCAGUUGGCAUCCACCCCUCUCAAUCUCUCUUUCAGCCAACUGACAUUUUUAUUAGUGUUGCUGCCUGGCCCACCUCUUGUGAGCAGUUAUGCAAAGUAGACAGAGCAGUAGACAGAGCUGUUCUGCAUUCCACACUGUGACAGGUCAGAUUCUUGGUGAUUGACAGCUUGCCUAGUUCUGCCCCUCGCCAAAGGCCCCCUACACUGAGUGCUAUGUUGUCUUCCAGUUUGCAUCUUUCCUCAGUGCAGUCAGAACAGCGCUCAUUACUCUCUGGCUAAGGUAAGACACUGCAUCCUGGGUAUUACCAUACUGUUAUGUUUUUGAGUGAAGAUCCAUUUACUGUUAAUACUCAGUAUGGGUCAAAAAAUGACAUUAACAUCACUAAUUAAAAUGCAAGAUGAAAUAAA